CUAGCUUAUCGCGUAGCGAUCGAUUAAGAUAAAAGCAAAUGUUCAAUUUUGAACCGUUAUCAUUAAUCGUAACCAGUGGCUUAACCCAUGGAAUAUUGGAUAACGUCAGUUUAUCGACAUCAGUUGAACCAAGUACAUCGCGAUCGCCCCCAACUGCGGGUUUCUCAUAGUCGUUAGUAGCUUUUGGUACACAUUAUCGGGAAAUGCAACAAGAUGACCGCGGUCAUACGCACACAAAACUCCCAGCUGCCACCACCAUACAUGAUGGAUCAGCAACAGCAGCCGCAAGCAAUAUCUCGUAAAGCACUAUCUAUGAUAAAAUAUUUUGUUCUAGUUUUGACGGGAAUGUGCUUGAUCCUGGAAGUUAUUCAAAUAGUCAUUGGAGCAAGAGCCAGCAACUUGUUCUCGGAUCUUCACAUCUUUCUCAACGACAACUUUAUUUCGUUGACGGCCUUCAUUUUGGCCGUUGGAAUAAUCAUGCUAAUAUUUGUUUUAUUUGGAUGCAUUGGAAUCAUUUUGGAGAACAUGACAAUAAUUGCAAUCUACAUCGCACUGUUUUCGAUUGUGGCAGUCCUGGAGAUAAUAGUGGCUAUAUCUGCGUACGUCAUGGGCCAUCAAAUUGAUGACAUGCUGACAGUAACGAUGAAUGGCGCAUUUUCUCAAUAUCCAUACGAUCCGAACGUGCGCGAUACAAUAAACAACGUGCAACGAACGUUUGAGUGCUGUGGUGUCCACAGCUACACCGAUUGGUAUGAAAUCCUCAUGGGCACGAUUCCUCCCUCAUGCCACGCGUCAGCAGGCAGUACGCCCUUCCAGCAGGGUUGUUUCCAUCGUGUCCACCAAGUUAUCAGCUAUAUGGUCAACUUGAUGGCUUCAGGAACGACAGUUAUCAUCAUAUUUCAAAUAAUUUGCAUCAUCAGCGCCGUGGUGUUCUUAUUGAAAUUAAAAGGUUUCAAAAGGCAACAGUGGGCUCUCCAGAAUUCGCCCAGUGCAACAGGAUAUUCCGGAUAUAAUCUUAACCCGAUAAUGCAAGAGAAGCCAAGAUUUUGAAUUGAUUAAGUUCUGAGAAAGCAUUGUGUAAUACUCGCUAGUUAAGUACUAGUUAU